CUGGAGAAGGAAAAAUAUAAAUAUCUAUCUGGGUACAAAAGCACAAGCGAAAGCAAGCAAGGUUUUUUGGCAUCCCGAUUCCCAAUCCAGGGAAAAUGUCAGCGUAUGAUAAUGUUGUUGGUGGUAAGCUCAAGCUCAAGGGAAAGGCGUUAGAUGUUAAAGCUGGUGGGGUCAAGAAGAAAAAGAAACAUAAGAAGCAUCAAGAUGAAGUAACUCAAGUUACAGAAAAUGAACUCUCAGUAGAUGGAAGCGUUGAAGCAUCAACUGACCCUAGUGAAGAAGGCAUGGAUGAUGCUAACAAAUCCACUGGGGAGGGGAAGGCCGCUCCUUAUGAUGAUCAUCUGACACCUGCAGAAAGACGAUACAUUGAGCAGAGGGAGCAACUUGAUGUGAAGAGGUUGGCCAAGGAAGCUAACAAAUCUCAUCGGGACAGGAUUCAAGACUUCAACCAAUAUCUGGCAAACAUGAGUGAGCAUUAUGACAUUCCCAAAGUUGGUCCUGGUUAAUAAUGUGAAAUUGAUGGCCAGUGAAGAGACAAUGAAAGAUCAGCAUCCUUCCUUAAUGCAAACUUGUUUGUGUUUUGUAUCAUCAAACUUGCAUUUCGCUUCAGUUUUUAGAAGUAGCUGACAUUGAUGGUUAUAUUACAUUGUCUGGUGUGUUUUAGACUCAUUAUUGUGUAAUUUAAUAACCUAAUUGCUUGUUU